AUGAACAAGAACAUCGAGCUCGUGCAGGCAAUUCUUGUUUUUGUUGUCUGGAAUGAAAUUUAUUUUUUCGUCGCGGUGAAAGAUACAACACUCUUGCAUUUAGCAUUGCGUCGUGAUGAAGAAUAUGCGACAGAUUCCUUGUUGGUGAGCCUUGUUGGCAUCCGAAGAAUUGCUAUGAAGGUCAACAAUUCCUUCUGGGAACUGACCGGCAAUGCCAAAAACCAAACAUCUGGUGGCGUUUACACCAUAGCUGUGGCUGCCGUUCGAGAUGAAUUGGAUCAUUUCAUGAACCAGCUGCCAGCCAAUUUGAAGUGGAACCAUCUACUGAGAACCCACUGUGCAUCGAUCCGAAUUCGCUUGUUCGAGCCCUUCAAAUUUGGAGACAACCAGGGAACGCUGGAACAACCCCACCCAAGAUGCCGAACUAUCUGGGAUUGUCUGCAGAGCACACAUGAACUUUACGAUGCAUUCCACUUGGUACCAGUCGAGUCGAUACCUUCACUCACCGUUAUUUCAAUCCUGCAUCUUGCGCUCGCUAUCAUUAAAGCCUCUAGGCUGCUGUGCGUCAAGGAUCAGGCAUGGGACUUGACCACCGCACGGACUAUGUUUGAUCUCCCUAGCAUCCUUCGGCAGUUGAGCAAGGUGUUUGACGAUGCUAGUAGCAACGGGAGUGCUCGAGGUCAAAGGAUUGUGCAUGGUCUGCCCAUAUUUUCAGAAUACGCCGGGGCAUAUCGAGGGAUUGAACGCGCAUUCGUCGCGAGGAUCAACUCUGACGGCCUUGUUUCGACUCCAUUGCCAAUGGACCCAGUUGUUAGUUCAGGUGGAGAUUAUGAUCUAACUUUCUGGGAUCAGCUGUCGGAUUUUACCAAUGGAUUUCUCCCAUGA